AUGACCACAGCGGUGAGCACACGACAGAGAAGAGGAAUGCGAGAGAACGAACAGGCGAGAGAAAGGCGAGAUAUUGGAUUAUGCAGAAGUCGCAGGCCCAUCGAUGGACGAAAAGAAGAAAAAAAAAAAGGCCCUUGGACGAAGAAACGGGCGACAAUAGCUUACACCUGCAAGUAUCUUUAUGUAUCCUCACGCGCUUUUUAUAUGCAAAGAUACUUAAAGAUACAAACCCCGGCUAGGGCGCUAGACUGCGAUGGGCAAGUCACAUGGCAGAGCCCAGUCAAUUUCCCGAUUGGGCCUAGCCGAAGAAGGAAAAAGCAACGACAUCUCAAGGAUUUCGCAGCAGAAGAUGCGAAGAUGCAGGACGAACAGCAGAUGAACUGCUCAGUCUGCCUUGUCGAGGCUCUCGAGGCUCGUCUACAGAGUGAGGUAGGUCAACACCGUCGUCGACUCCCACACACAGUCGUUGCAACAGAGCCCGACAAGGUUUACUUUCCACCCGUCUCAGGCACGAAUAACACUUAA